UUGAGAGGCACUUGAGGCAGGCAGCAGAGUGCGCUGAACACCGGCAUGGACACCAUCGUCUCUCUCUCGCCUCAGAUGCUUCGCCAGCGCCAGGGCCACCAGUCUACUGCAUCAUCAUCAUCAUCAGCUUGGGCUAUUACCACAGCUAGGAUCGGUCGCCACCUGUCUACUGCAUCAUCCUGUUCCAGCCCGCGGCUGCUCAUCAAGCAGAGGGCGACGGCGGCAUCGGCACCGGCACAGAAAGAGAAAGAGGUCGUCUUCGUGGCUGGCGCCACCGGCAGAGUUGGGUCCCGGGCCGUAAGGGAGCUCAUGAAGCUUGGCUUCCGUGUGCGCGCUGCCGUCAGGAACGCACAGAGGGCCACGUCGCUGGUGCAGAAAGAGAAAGAGCAGCAGCUGCUUGAGCUUGUGGAGUGUGACCUGGAGAAGGAGCCGCAGGAAGGCAUCGUUUCAGCCAUCGGCAAUGCUUCCUUGGUGGUGUGCUCCAUCGGUGCAAGCGAGAAGGAGAUCCUGGAUGUCACCGGCCCAUACCGCAUCGACUACAUGGCCACCAGCAAACUUGUACAAGCUGCGACUGCUGCCAAGCAGGUGGAGCACUUCAUCCUGGUUACAUCCCUGGGGACCAACAAGAUCGGCUUCCCUGCAUUCCUCUUGAACUUGUUCUGGGGAGUUCUGUUCUGGAAAAGACGAGCUGAAGAAGCACUCAUCGCAAGCGGCAUUCCCUACACGAUCAUAAGGCCCGGAGGCAUGGAGAGGCCGACGGAUGCUUACAAGGAGACGCACAACCUGGUGUUGGCACCGGAGGACACCUACGUGGGUGGCCAGGUAUCCAACCUGCAGGUGGCGGAGCUCAUCGGAUGCAUGGCCACCAACAGGAGCGCGGCCUACUGCAAGACGGUGGAAGCGGUGGCCGAGAUCACCGCGCCGUUGCUGCCCAUGGAGCAGCUCCUCUCCGCAAUUCCCUCCAAGAGGGAACAACGCCCUGCAGAUCGAUGAGCUAGACGGCCUCAAAGCAUUGCAUAUGCUUCUAGGUUUUGUUUUGUAUGCAAUGUUGUGAUAUCAGAGAGAUAUCUAAGUUUUUAUAUUUUAUAUGAUGACGAUGAGAACUAAGUACAAGUGCUUUUAUUUUUUAUUAUUCCUAAAGACAACUUUUGUAUAUGUAACAUCAUGAAUGUUUGAGGUGUCUCAUGUGUAACUUUAAUUAAUAUCAAUUUAUGCAUGAAA